AUGUGUCAUGCUAAGCAUAGCAGUAGCAGUAGCAUCACCAUGUCCCUUGAAGAGUCGCUAAGAUCUCUGCCGCUGGAUUACCUGAACCUCCUCAUCAACGGCCAGGCCUUCAGCGACGUCACUUUCAGCGUGGAGGGACGUCUGGUUCACGCGCACCGCUGCAUACUGGCCGCGCGGAGCCUCUUCUUCAGGAAAUUCUUCUGUGGGCCGGACCCACCCUCUGGCCUGGACCCCACCGGCCCAAGGAUCAACUCGCGCUCCGGAGUCAUACCCGUCAACUCCGUCGGCUCCGAGGUCUUCCUCCUCAUGCUCCAGUUUCUCUACAGUGGCCUGGGGUGCGGGAGAACGGGGGGUGUGGGGUGCGGGAAGGAGGUGGGGAAGGUUACAAAGACUAAAGGAAACAAAAAUGGCAAAUGUACCUACACAGGGGUACAUGAGUAAUUCAUUACUUCAAUCUUCUCCUAGCUGUCUUUGUCCAGAUGUCUACUACUUCAUGUACUCUGCCAAUCCAAUGACUUUUUGUUAUACUCUUUUGAAUAUGGAAAAAAGGAUUUACAUGCAAAAGACACUUUAAUGCUCAAAUUAGUCAUAGCUUCAUAGUUUACUCUACUAUGUUAAGUAUUCGGAUAUGUCGAAGAAUCUUUAGCUUAAUUCACUUAUCAUGUCCUUCUGUAUAAUAUAUAUACAAGUUACGAUGAAAU